AUGCAGCAUAUUCGAACUGCUGUUGGCACACAUUUAUUAAAAAACUAUGCGGGACCUUCUUCAUCAAUAUCUUUAUAUCAUUCACAUCUGCAGGUACUUUCGUUUGCCCAAAACCGCCCCAAACACAUUUUUAGCUCCGGAAAAGUUUUUACGAGUAUUUCAAAUCUAAAAACCAUGAAAUUCUGAAGUCUGCGUCCGUAAUCCCCGAUAAAAACGACGGAACACUUUUAUUCACGAACGCAGGAAUGAAUCAAGUUCGAAAAGAAGGUUUCUGACAAAAGAUUAUCUUCCAUUUACAGUUCAAGAAUUUACUGCUGACAUCAACGGAGCCUCGACGAAUAGCGAAUAUUCAAAAGUGUAUCCGAGCAGGCGGAAAACACAACGACUUGGACGACGUCGGAAAAGACUUGCAUCAUCAGACAUUCUUUGAAAUGAUGGGCAAUUGGUCGUUCAACGACGCGUUCUCCAAAGUGAAACACUACAGAUCUAAAUAAAAGUGUUCCGAUUUCAGGAAGAAGCGUGUCAGUUUGCAUGGAAAUAUCUCGUCGAAGUGCUCGGAAUCAGUUCCGAUCGGCUGUACGUCUCGUACUUCGGAGGAAUCGAGAGUCUCGGAUUGGCGGAGGAUCACGAAUGCCGCGAGAUUUGGCGGAAGAUCGGAGUUUCAGGAGAUCGCAUUCUCCCGUUCGUCGCCGAGAACUUUUGGGAGAUGGGAGCAGCGGGCCCGUGCGGACCAUGCACAGAGAUCCACUUCGACAGGUCGGAGGGAGAGAUGCCUCCCGUCUUGUGAACGUCGAUGAUUCGGUCGUCGAAAUCUGGAACAUUGUCUUCAUGAGUAAUGUGAGAGAUUCGUCCGGUCAGGUGCACAGUCUCGGGAAGAACCACGUCGACACCGGAAUGGGGUUCGAACGGCUUCUCUCCGUUGUGCAAGGCAAACAUUCAAACUUCGACACUGACGUCUUCACGCCAAUUCUUGAAAAAAUCUCGAAUGUGAGUAGAUACUCAUUUGAUCUCUAAAUGUUUCGCCUCCUUUCGUCUGUUUUCAGCUCACAAACGCUCGUCUGAAGUACAAUGGAAGUUUGUCGAGCCGCGAAGACGCUGCCUUCGUCUUGUCGCCGAUCACACUCGUGCGGCCACAUUUGCAAUUAGUGAUGGCGCCAUACCAGACGGAACGGACGCGGGGUUCAUCGUACGGAAAAUGAUAAGACGAGCGCUUCUUCAAGGAACUACGCGACUAGGAAUUGAGAGGCACGCUCUGAGCGACCUCAUUCCAACUGUCGUCUCGACUAUGGUACGGCGGUUAGACAAUUUCAUUAAAUCAUUUUUUUUCAGAAAGAAGUCUAUCCAGAAAUAAGAAACAAUGCCGACAACGUGAAAAGGAUAUUUCAAGAUGAAGAGACACUAUUCUGGAAGACCGUCGACCGCGCGAAGAAGAUGUUUGACAGCGUGGCGACGGAGUGCAAGGCAUCCGUUUUUUCGGGGAAACAGGCAUUCAACUUGUUCGAAACGUACGGCUUGCCGCUCUCAGUGACCGUUGAAUUGGCGAGAAAUAUCGGGAAAUCAGUAGACGAGCAGGAGUUCGAGAGGUGCCAAUUGGAAGCUCAAGAACUAUCCAAAAAGGCGUCGCAGUUGAAAAUGCCUAUUUCUGCCCACGAUUUCCCAACGCAUUCCGACAAGUCAAAAUACGAAUAUUCUCUCGAGAACGGAAAAUACUGUACGCCUAAAUGAUAUACUUAUCGACAUAAGAAAAACCACUUGCAGAUAUCCCACAUGUAUACUCUCGAAUUCUAGCAGUUUAUCGAGAUCAGGAAAAGGUGCAUCGGUUGGAUAGCAACGAAAAAGGGUUCAUUGUUCUCGAAAACUGUCAGUUUUAUGCAGAGCAGGGCGGACAAAUGAGUGACAGUGGGCAUCUGAUGAUUGGCGAGGUUCCAAAGAAAUAUUAACAAAAACGAGCCAAAGAUUUGAUUGCAGACAGAAGUGUUUCAAGUGGAAAACGCAAAGAAAGUGGCAGGCGGUGCAGUGACAGUUCUCUUCGGACAGGCAAUUCAACCGAUUCAAAGAGAUUUGCGAGUGGAGCAGCGGCUGGACGAAAAGAGGAGAGAAGGACUGAUGAGAGCGCACUCGGCGACUCAUUUGCUCAAUUGGGCAUUGCGAAAAAGCGGGCUCGGUUGCGGACAGAAGGGCUCGUCUGUCGGUGAGAAAUUAAAACCGAAGAGGGUGAGAAAGUUUACGACUUCAGACUGCGACCGGCUUCGGUUCGAUUACUCUACUGCGGAAAAGCCAUUCGAUAAAGAGCGGAGGACGGAAAUGCUGCAGCAGUGUGAAGAGAAAAUGCGGGAAUUCAUCCGAAAGGUGGAAAGACAGAGGUGAAGAAAGUGACGAUGGAAGCAGCGAAAAAGAUGGAGAAUCUGCAAUCGGAUGUGAAAGAGGAAAAGAUCGGAGGAUCGUCAGUCCGAGUUGUCAGCCUCGGAACUGGAGACGAUUUACCGAUUGAAUGCUGUUCCGGAACGUAAGUAAAAAGCAAAGUAGUUGUUGAGAUAGUUCGAUAAUUCAGUCAUGUUCUCGAUGUGAACACCAUAAAUGAUGUGGCAAUCAUCUCGGACAAGUCGAUGGGUCACCGUCUUCGGAGGAUCAUUGCCGUGACUGGCGAAGAAGCGAAGGAGUGCAGAGAGUACGUGGAGCAGAUAAUCGAAAAGCUGAAAGCGAAGGAAGGAAAGGAGAGAGCCAUUCUUGCGAAAAAGAUUGACUGGAAACGUGUACCACUAGUUGACCAGUCUCGAAUUUCGGCACUCGUGAAACAGAAGCAAAAGAAGAAGAUUAAUCUCAAUCCCCAUUCCCCUUGA